CUCUAUAAAGCCCGCUGUUCAUCCUCCACCUCCAUCAACUUCUGCCUGAACUCACUCUGAGGUAAAAAUAAUAAUAAUAAUAAGAAGAAGAAGAAGAUGAUGACCGACCUGGAGAGCUCGAUGGCCACCAUCAUCGCCGUGUUUCAGAAGUAUUCGGAAAGAGAAGGAGACAAACACAAACUGAAGAAGAGCGAGCUGAAGGAUCUGCUUCACGACGAGCUGCCGUGUCUGAUUGAGCAUGUGAAGGACCAGGCCGCCCUCGACAACCUGAUGGAGAAUCUGGACACCAACGGAGACGCCGAGUGCGACUUCCAGGAGUUCAUAACAUUCGUGUCCAUGGUUACCGUCAUUUGCCACGAGUUCUUCACGCAAGGCGACGAGUGAAGGAGGAGGCCUCGACAACAGAGGGGAGCUACAGUAAAUUAUAAAGAAGAAGAAGAAGAGGAAGAAGAAGAAGAAGUAGCCUAGCAAUGCAGUAGUCCGGCCUGUUGUCCGGCUGGAGACCUUUUUCUUUUUUUAUCUGGGUCUAAAUAUCUAGACGGCUCCUUAAGUCUUUUUUUGGGGGUAUUUUUUUUUUUAUGUUGCUCAGAAGUUUGUUGCAAAACUAUCCACUGAUUUCUAAUCUUUUAACAACACUUUGCAUGUCGGGCGCCAGUUUUGCUGCAAAUGUUUUUGUACUUUUUAAAUUCAUGCAUGGUUUUCCGAUUCAAUUUGAAAAAGUAGAACUGAAACUUUUGAGAAGCGUUCGCUAGAUUUUGGGUGUGGCUACCAAUUUCUUCUUCCACCAAUCAAUAAUUAAAGGUUAAUCUGUUUAAAGGGCCAGCAAAGUUGGAAAAAAAGUAAGUUUGUCAAAUCUUCCCACUCGCAAAAAAUAAAAAUUCUUAUCGAGGGAAAGGUUUUUUCCUGGAUUGCGGUCACGGUUUUAAAUAUGCGGUUAACGUUGUAAAUUAAAACAAAACUACUUCGUUUUAUUUGAAGUUUGGCUUUAAGUAAGUCAAAAUUACUUUUUGUUACAAAACGUGUCACGAUAAUUAAAAGCUUGUGACCGUUCUAUUUCAGAUAUGGCUACUACAUUCAUCCAAUCAUUAUUUUUUAUAAACUUUAAUUGGAAAGUCAACCAAACUACUGCGUUUGAAAAAACUUCAUGACUAUCAAAUAACUUGUCGUUGGCUAGUAAAAGUUUCAAAAUGGCUCGUGAGAAAAUCUUAAAACUCUAGUUGACUAUCAAACAUUGAAAGUGACGUUUAACUUAGUCGUUGAGCUAAAAUCUUGUAAUUGGCUACUAAAAUGUUAAAAUGGCUUUUUGAUUGUUGCUAGAAAACCAACCAGGAUUUGGAGAUGUAUUGUAAAAUGAAUGUUUCUUGUUUAGAAGAAUAUUUAGCGAUAUUAAAGUAGACAAGUAAUCAAAACUUAUACAUUUAAAAAGUCUAGCUAGCAUAAAAUAAUCAUAAAUAUUCAGAUUUAGUGGCCAACCUGUGAGAAUAACGAAUGUUAGUUUGACACUUUUCUCAUAAUGCAAAGAAAACAUACGAUAGGUAUGAAAUGUUUGUCAAAACAGUUGAUGAUGUGUGUUUUGAACUGAAGAUGAAUUAAAUUAUCAGUGUGA